AUGCGCCUUUUGAAGUUCGACGGUCAAGGCGAACCAACUCUGACCGAAUUUCACGAUGCCAUUCCUCCGUACGCGAUCCUCUCGCAUACUUGGGGGCCUGAUCAAGAUGAGGUUGAUUUCGACGACCUCCAACGUGGAAGUUUCAAGAAUAAGGCUGGCUACGCGAAGAUUCGGUUCUGCGGCGAACAAGCUAGAAAGGAUCAGCUGGAAUACUUCUGGGUGGACACGUGCUGCAUCAAUAAAGCUGAUUUCAACGAGCUGCAUGAGGCUAUUACCUCGAUGUUCCGCUGGUAUCGUGACGCCGUCAAAUGCUACGUCUAUCUCUCAGAUGUAUCACGCGAUCAAGAUGAUGACUACUCGAGGCGGACAUGGAAACAAGCCUUUCGAGGAAGCAAAUGGUUUACAAGGGGAUGGACGCUCCAGGAACUUAUUGCGCCAGCCUCCGUCGAGUUCUUCUCGAGAGAAGAAGAGCGAUUGGGUAACAAGGCAACGCUUGAACAGCAGAUACACGAGGUCACUGGUCUACCGAUUAGCCUUCUCCGCGGUGAGUCACCUGUAGAUCAGUUCACCAUCGAGGAGCGGAUGCAAUGGGUCAGGAACCGUAACACCAAAAAAAGGGAAGACAAGGCAUACUGUCUGCUCGGAAUUUUCGGAGUCUUUAUGCCGUUGAUCUAUGGUGAAGGAGAAGAGAACGCCUUCCUCCGACUUCAAGAAGAGAUCGAUAAGCUUCCAAGGAGCAAGUCACUCGAGGGAAUGGAUUCCUGGAUUCGCGAAGAGUGUUACUGUCCAGACAAUCUCAAGAUUGUACGACUGUCUGGCCAGGAGCUACCGAUGGACCAGUGCUACAUCAAUCUUGCUAUUGUACGGCGACACCGUCAAGAUGCACCAGCAUCUUCCUCCAAAAUUGCGUCUAAAUCCUCUCCCUUUUCACUACUCUCUCGACUACACAUCACGGAACGGGGUGAACAGACACAGGUGCCAUUGUCGACACUUUUCGGCCCGUGUACAGGACCGAGCGGUGGUGCAAAACGACCUCGACGCAUUUUGAUUCGAGGACAGGCAGGAAUGGGAAAGACCACUUUGUGUAAGAAGGUUGUCUAUGACUUUACCCAUAAUGCUAUGUGGGCUGAUUCAUUCCGCCGCUUGCUCUGGAUCCCGCUACGCAAGUUGAAGGUACAGGUUGAGGGAUCCAGUAUCCAGGAUCUAUUCCGUGAUGUAUUCUUCCUUGCCCACAUUGAUGGGGCAUCCAUCGCACGCAGACUGCACGAGAGAGUCGUCGAUUCGAAAAACGGCAGAACACUGUUUGUCCUCGAUGGUCUGGAUGAAGUAUCUGAGGACAUUCCAGAGGAUGGAGGUGUCUUUCAGUUGCUGCUCUAUCUUCUAAAUCAGCCUAACGUUAUCAUCACAACUCGACCAGAUGCCGUACUCCCAAAUCGCCUAUAUUCUCCAGACCUUGAGUUGGAAACCGUCGGUUUCUACCCUGACCAGGUGACAGCCUACCUCAAAAAAACGUUUUCUGGUUCACAGCAAGCUGAGCAAAUCGACACAUUUCUCAAAGAUCAUGAGCUCAUCCAGGGUCUCGUUCGCGUCCCUAUUCUACUGGACGCGCUCUGCCUCACCUGGGAAUAUGGUGACAGCUUCAGAAGUGUACCAGAUACCAUGACCGCCGUGUACGGAGCAAUUGAGCACAAGCUGUGGAGGAAGGAUAUCGUGCGGUUAAAUAAAAUUGUUGGUGGAAGACUCUUGGGUGGCACUACUCUCCGGCUCGCCCUACCGUCAGAGAUCAGGGGAAUCGUCCAAAAUGAGAUGCGCCUGCUUGAAACUCUAGCAUUUACUGGACUACAUGCCAACGUUAUCAACUUUACUCCACACUUUCUGGACACGAUGUGCGAACACUUCGAAGAACCGCAGUCGUUUCCCUUGCUCUAUCGAGUCUUGCACAAUAUCUCUUUUCUACGGACGUCGGAAUCUGCACCAGAGAAUCAUGGCCAGAGUUUUCAUUUCUUACACUUGACCUUUCAAGAAUACUUUGCUGCUCGGUACUUCGUACGCCGCUGGAGAAGUCAAAGCCCGCUUGAAUGUCUGCAACCCGACAACAGAAGCGUUGAGGAAAUUUCUCCCGCCAGUUUUCUUCAAAAGCAUAAACACCAACAAAACUACAACAUCAUGUGGCGGUUUGUCGUUGGGUUGCUUCAGCCUGGAGAAGACGAUACGAGACGAUUCUUCAAGACAAUUGGGGAGCAUUCCCAUAUCCGCCACCAGCGACUGAUUAUGCAAUGCUUAAGCGAAGUAAGUCAUUCGAAUAGCAGCAAUGAUCUCGUUUUGCUUCGGAGGGAGUUAGAAGAUAAAACUUCCGAGUGGCUGCGUUUAAGAGAUAAUUUCAAAUUUGCCCGAUAUCUAGCCUCUGGAAUGGAAUUUCCCAGGCAGAUGCUGGACUCUAUAUUACGGGAAGGCCCUGAUCAGGCGAAGAUAUCGGUUCUCAAUGCGCUACAAAGCUGGCCAAGACUCCAGCCGUACAUUAUCAACUCUAUGGGGUCUUUACUUGACGAAAAAAACAACGGCGUCAGAUCCGCGGCCGUAGAAGUACUCCGAGGUCAAUCCUCCCUCUCAGACGAGAUCCUCAACCAGGUGGUAGCACGACUACAGGACCAAGACCGGGAUGUCAGAUGCGACGCCUUAGGAGUACUUCAAGGUCAAUCCUCCCUCUCUGACGAGAUCCUCAACCAGGUGGUAGCACAACUGCAGGACGAAUACUGGGCAGUCAGAUACACGGCCUUACGUGUGCUUCGAGAUCAAUCCUCCCUCUCAGACGAGAUCCUCAACCAGGUGGUAGCACAACUGCAGGACGAAUACUGGGAAGUCAGAUACAAGGCCUUACAUGUGCUUCAAGUUCACUCCUCCCUCCUCUCAGACGAGAUCCUCAACCAGGUGGUAGCACGACUGCAGGACCAAGACCGGGAUGUCAGAUGCGAGGCCUUACAUGUGCUUCGACAUCAAUCCUCCCUCUCUGACGAGAUCCUCAACCAGGUGGUAGCACGACUACAGGACGAAAACCGGGCAGUCAGAUGCACGGCCUUAUAUGUGCUUCAAGUUCACUCCUCCCUCCUCUCAGACGAGAUCCUCAACCAGGUAGAAGCGCGACUACAGGACCAAGACUCUAGAGUCAGAUCAGCAGCCGCGGCCCUGUUUGAACGCCAUCGACCAUCUGGAACGAGAUUACGCUUAGCAGACCUCAGAGAAGAUUCUCCACCUGAGUAG